AGGGGGCAAAACUGUUUCGGAUCGCGCCGGUCUGAAGGCUAUAUUAUGAGAAUUUCGGCCCGGUUUUAGAAGGUUAACUUUCUAGGCCAUCUAAAAUCAUAGAACUAAAUAUGUAUUUCUGCAGAUAUAGUUUAAAAAAAACUUUGUGCGGCAGGCGCAGAUAAUCUGCUCCGCGGAUAAUCGGGAGUCUACUGUAUAUGUGAAUUUUUUUUAAAGAAAUAUUUAAUGUGGCUGUGACAUUCUAACACACAAUAUUAACAUAGUGAUUAGUGAGAAAAAAGAAAUAAAAUUAAAAUUAGUUUAAAAACUAUGUAUAGGUUAUAACUAUGUAUAAUUACAGUCAACAUAAGCAGGUACCAAACAAAAACUAGCAGAUGAAUAGCUAGUUUCGCAUGCUGCCAUCCCGCACUCUCUCCUUUUUUGAAUGAAAGGCCAGGGCUAACCAUGGUUGCUGCUCACAAGGGAAAUAGUUUUGAAAGUGGUCAGCUAUUAACUGAUUUUAUGUUCACAGUAAGUACCUAAAUUCCUCUAAUGCCAUGCCCAAAAUAACACAUCUGUCAUUAAUUCACUGUCCUUCUAUUAGAUGAUCUCUUUUUUUCAAGGCUUCCUGCAUACCUACCUUAUCACUGAACACUGAUAGUUCUGACCUGGGUUCAGUUCAGGCAAAUGGGCUGGCUGCAUGGGCAUUUUCAUGGUUUUCCUUAUGUGUAACAUGUUUAUGAGCCAGUUUCCUGUAGAAAGUCCUCCACGAAAGCAUAACAACCAGCUAAAUCUAAAUUUAAUGUGUCUGUGCAUUUGAUAAUUUUAUUUAUUAUUAUGUUACAUUUUUCAUCACUUCUUUACUAAAAAGUACUCAAGGGUACUUUUUGUAUGAAUGCCCUGUAUGAUAUUCAGUGCACUCAAGUAUAAUAAUCUGAUAUAUAUAUUUAAGUUUUGUAUACCAGUGCAUUUAAUGAGUCAUAAAUGCACAAGAAAAUUAUUUAUUUUGUAGUUCUAAGAAAUUAAAGUUUCUUUUAUUUUGAAUUCAUAUGUUUAGAAUUUGUAUUAUGUUUUUAUGGUUUGUAUUUAGGAAUAUAUUCAUUAAAUUGUAUUAUCUGUUUUUAUUCAAGCUUACAAUGUUUUUAUUGUGAGAAGAUUUUCAAACAUUGGCUAACAUUAAAGGAACACAUGAGGAAGAAACAACAUAAAAGAAUUAAUCCAAAGAAUAAGAAUUUUGAUAAAUUCUAUGUUAUAAACUAUUUGGAAUAUGGCAAAACAUGGACUGAUGUGCAGAAUGAAACUGAUGAUGGAUCACAAGAAGAAAGUGACGAUAAAGAAAUAGAACUCAUGGAUUGUGAAGUUGAAAAUCUAGCAUUUGUAUGCUUGUUUUGUGACAACAAUAUCUUAGAUUUCGAAGAAACCUUAAAUCAUAUGAAGAAAAACCACAAUUUUGACUUCUUGCUGUUGAAAGAAAAAUAUCACUUGAACUUUUAUGCUCAAAUAAAAUUAAUUAACUACAUAAGGAGAAAAGUUUAUGAAAAAGAAUGCAUCAAUUGUGAUCUGAAGUUUAACUUUCACAAUGAGUUAUUGAAACAUAUGGUGGAAAGCGGCCAUAUAUCCAUUCUUCCAGAUCCUGCUAAGUGGAAUCAGCCAUUGUAUUAUUUUUCAACAUUUGAAAAUGACAAUUUGCUGUGUGCACUUGAUGAUGAUGAUGAUAAUUCUGAAUGUCAGGAAGAGCAUUUAGUUUAUCCAGAAGAAACUGUCAUGCCAUCUUCAACUUUGCUUUAUGAUGAGAAUUUUAGAAAGAAUCUUAUAUAAGUAAAAAAAAUUUCUUAGUGAUGUAAUAUAUUUAAACUAAUUUUUAUGUUAUAAUUAAAAGCAAGCUGUAUACAUAAUGUCUGUUAUUUAUUUAUAUAUAUAAACUGUUUUAAUAAAAUUGUAUUUUUUGUUUUA